AUGACUAACGACGAUUCCAACCAAUCUAAUGGCACAUUGCCUGCACAACCUCCUACUCCUUCUACACCACAACAGGCACCAACAGAUACAAAGCCUACACCUCCUCCUCCUGCUACUACUACUACCACCACCACAACAACAGCCAAGCCAGCGGUUCCCGCCCCAGCACAAGCACCACCAGCAGCAACUAAUGAUCCCUUACGAGAGGACAUGUUGAAGAAUGCUGUGUCUUUCCUUUCUUCACCCAACGUACGCUCUGCUGAUACCGCCAAGAAGGUUGCAUUUUUACGACAAAAGGGUCUCACUCAACCUGAAAUCGAAGAAGCUUUCAAACGUGUUGGCGAGAGUGGUGCUGCUGCUACUACUACUACUGCUACCACCACCACAGCUCCAGCAUCAACAGUGGUACGAUCACAGCCUGUUGCAGCACCAAGCCGUCCCCCUGUUCCUCCGCGAGUACAUACUCAAGUUGUGUAUUAUCCUGUACCUCCCCCUGAGCCAAUGCCUUUGCAAAAACUCGUCGGCCUUGCUGUAUUAUUUGGAUUUGGUGCUGUGGGUCUCUCAGCUGCAAUCUUGCGUGUGAUCAAGUAUUUUAUUCGACCCAUCUUCAAGUCCAUUGCCGACUAUCAGAGCAAUCGUUACAAGGAAAGAAGCGUUGGAUUCAAAUCAUUGCAUGAGAAGCUCUUGAAGGAGGCUGGAAAGGAUAAGGAGGGUGAUGAUCAAGAAGAAGAAGGUGAAAAAGAAGACAACCAAGAGAGCAAGGAAGGAGAAAAAGAGGCUUCGACCACGCCCAGCAAACCUUUGGAUCAAUUGGGUGAGAAGCAUCAAGUCAUGUCGGAUACGCUUUCACGUUUGGUGAAUAUGGCUCAAGAUCGUGUGCAGGCACUCAAGGACAAUAAGCCAUAUAGCGGUUUGCGUGAUGGGUUGUCAAGUUUGCGAUCGACGCUCGAGGAUUCAAAUGAUACCUACUCUUCUUAUUCACCUUAUGCAUCGUAUGGAUUUGGUCGCAGCUCAGGCUCUCAAGAUUCACCUGCUGUGCAAGGAUUCAAGAGCGAGAUCCGUAGCUUCAAGGGCAUGUUACUCAACCGCCGUAAUUUCCCUAUGGUAAACACAAGUCGACCUUCUUCUCCAUCCACUGCCACUGCCCAGUAA